CGCUACUCACAUUCCUCCUUUCUUCGUCUUGAGUGCGUCUAAUUGAUGAUGGAGCCCUUUUCCGCGACGGCCAAAAUCGUGGGGCUUCUUGCAGCAACUCUACAAGUGUCCCAAGAGUUAUGCAGCCUUAUCUCCCGCUUUCGACAAUCAUCAACGGAACUAGAGCAACUGAGAGGUGAAGUCGAAGCUCUCACUAAAGUCGUAACUCAAAUACAGACGUGGAGCCCCAUUUACUCAUCAUCAAACAACCCUGGCGAGGCUUUCAAUGCCAUGCAGGUUGGGCUAGAGAUACUAUUCAGAGACAUCGCUAAGGUCAGGGAUACAAUUGAGAGAUGUGUGGCAAAGAACAAUAGAGUGUUUGGGAAGGUGCGCACGAGGUGGAGGUCUUUCCUUCGUGAGGGUGAGAUAUCCGAGAUGGCGACUAGGCUGAUGCAUCAUAAAACGACUUUGCACCUUGCUUUUUCAGUUGUCUCGGGGUAAGUACUCUCUCCUAUUCCCAUCUCUUAAAUAUGUCCAUCAGAAGUAGCUUUUACCUAGCCAAACAAUACGCCACGAGCUUUCUAGGUCAAGGGCUUUAUAUCUGCAAAGCACCGUUGGAAUUCCACGCUGACCGAACAGAUGUACUACCAACAACAGCCUCACACACCUCAGCAACAAAGUUAAAUCUCUACACGAAGUUCAAACUGCUUUUUGCGACAGAAUUGCUGGCUCAGCAGCCGAGAUCAGCACUCAACUUGAUAACAUUCAGCUAGAUAUUCAAUCCUUUGGCCAUGGAGCGCGAGAGCUACCAACUGUGUUCAAGAAAGAACAACGCAAAGUCACUACUAUACUUCGUGGGUGUCCAAUGCAUGGUGUUGUUGCCCUGAACAGUAUCUGUUCUCAUGUUCAUCAACUCCUUCUGCC